AAGAGGAUGAAGUUUGAGAAGUGAAAACUCCUUUUAAAUUCCACCUUCUCCAUGUAUUAUCACUUAGACGCAGAGAUGUCAAUGACUAGUGCUAGUUUUCACUUUUCAUGGACCAGUUAAAACAUGACUGAAUGUUCUUGAGGCAGCAGCAGAACUAAACUUCGGAUGAAGAUGAGCUACAUGCAACUGGAGGAAAGCAUCAUCUCGUACCUCUCACAGAGUGAAACUGACGACUGCCCCAAAGACUUUAAUGUGGUGGGCAUCCUGCAUAGCUUUUGGGAGCAGAAGCAGACAGCUCAGUGUAACGACUCCUCUGAGUCGGACAAGUUUUGUGGGAAGCCUGGCAGCCACACAGACAGUCUGCUGCUGUACGAGUCAGCACCUCCGCCUGCUCCCCCCUACGUCUGCUACGUCACUCUGCCGGGAGGAAGCUGCUUUGGCAACUACAAGGUGUGUGACACCCAAGCAGAGGCUCGCAGGGACGCGGCUCGUGUGGCUCUAAUGAACUCGCUGGUGAACGAGUUGCCGUGUCGACGCAUCACCGCUGAGUUCAUCACUCACAGUCUGAAUCAAGCCGCCACAGAAAGCGCUGUUCCUGUGGAGGAUUCGUGUGACUCAAGCACCAGCAUAGGAACCUACAGUUUUCUGCUUCAGUCCUACAUGGGACGGACCAUGCUGGAGUUCCAGGAGAUGAUGACAGUGUUCCAGUUGUUGCACUGGAACGGGACAUUGAAGGCUCUGAGGGAAAAGCAGUGCUCUCGACAGAGUGUGAUUACCUACUAUUCCCAGCGAGGGCUGGACGAGAGCAUGCGGAGCAGCAUGGCUCUGGAUUGGCUUGGGCGGGAGCAGAAGUCACCUGGACUUCUGGCAGCGCAGCUGCAAAUGGCGCAGAGAGAGUUGGUGUUGGCGCGACGUCGAGGCAUAGAGCUGCGCUUCUACAAAGAAAAAACAGAGAUCCUCGGCCUGGCCCUCAGUCAAGCAUAUAUUCACCACACACCAGGAGCUUUCAGCCCAACUCCAAGUCACACAGACCAGCAUGAACAGCUGUCUUUACAGGUGUUAUACAGCCAGGAUUCAGAUGACCAGAUGUUUCAGCACACAGUGUUUAAUAACCCCAUGCAAACUUCCACAGACACACCUGCUAACAGCCCCUUACUAUUUUCACAGUGCAUGUUUGUGCCUUUAUAUAACCCUAAAUACAAUGAAUAGGAAAUAAAAUAAUAUGCAUUGUACAUGACAUCUUUGUGAAUGGUGCAGUGUCAGAGGCAUCAGAAAUCAUGACACAUGUCAAUGGCCAUGAUGUUUUCUGAGUUUUUCCAUUAUAGAUUUAAACAGAAAUAAAGUAACACAACAUUUUAAAUGCAAAUCAUUAGCACUUUGAAACAAGUAACUGUUGAAAAGCAAAAUCCUAAAUUCAAAGCAUGCGCAGCUUUAACCCUAUAAAGCAGAUUGUUCACAUGACUAUUGCCACACUUUUACUCUAAGACUAUAUUGCAUUUUAGUUUAGCUUUGCCGCUGUUACUGUUUUUAUGUGUCUUUUAUAACACAAAAUGUUGCCUGAAACUUAAAUAAAUUGUUAACAUGU